AUGUGAGGCUCCAUAGCCAAGUGAGUGAUCUUCUUCUUUCUUUAUUGGGUUUGGUUCCCCCAAUGAAGAUCUCUCAUCUGUGCCUCUUUUUCUCCUUGCUGCUUUUCGGAGCGAGCAGCUUUUGCUAUGCUGAUGAUCAUAAGACAGUUGAGGUAGUUGGGUUUGGAGAAUGUACUGACUGUGCUGAGAAGAGCAUUAAGACCAGUCAUGCUUUUUCAGGUCUUGGUGUUACGAUCGACUGCAAGGCCGAAAGCGGGCACUUCGAGAGGAGAGGGGUCGGCGAGCUCAAUGAGGAGGGCAAGUUUUCAGUUUCCAUCCCAAAGGAGAUUGUGAAAGAUGGAGGAGAUGGAUUGAAGGAGGAGUGCUAUGCACAGCUCCACAAUGCAAAGGCCACACCAUGUGCUGCUCAUGAUGGACUUGAAUCCACCAAAGUGGUAUUCAAGUCUAAAAACAGUGAUGGGAAACAAACCUUUGGAAUUGUUGGUACUAGACUGAAGUUUUCACCAUCUACAUGCACUUCUGCUUUCUUUUGGCCUCCCUUUAAACACCCACUUCCCAAAUGGACCAAACCACAUCCUCUCUUUGGACACCCAAUAUUCCCUUUCCCUCCAAAAAAAUUCCCUCCAUUCCCACCUAAGAUUACUAUUCCUCCAUUCUAUAAGAAGCCCUGCCCUCCCAAGAUCCCUUUUUACGAAAAGCCCCUCCCCCCGCCAGUCCCAAUUUACGAAAAGCCCCUCCCCCCACCAGUACCAAUAUACAAGAAGCCGCUCCCUCCCCCAGUCCCAAUUUACGAAAAGCCCCUCCCCCCACCAGUACCAAUAUACAAGAAGCCGCUCCCUCCCCCAGUCCCAAUAUACAAGAAGCCUCUCCCUCCACCAGUGCCGGUUUACAAGCCUCCACCAGUGCCGGUUUACAAGAAACCAAACCCUCCACCAGUACCUAUCUACAAAAAACCAUGCCCUCCACCAGUUCCAGUCUACAAGAAACCACUCCCUCCACCAGUACCAGUUUACAAAAAGCCCCAGCCCCCAAAAGCACCCAAAAAAGUGUGCCCUCCACCAGUCCCAGUGUACAAGAAGCCACUCCCUCCACCAGUCCCUGUGUACAAGAAGCCACUCCCUCCACCAGUUCCUGUAUACAAAAAGCCACUCCCUCCACCAGUCCCUGUGUACAAAAAGCCACUCCCACCACCAGUUCCAGUGUACAAAAAGCCACUCCCACCACCAGUUCCAGUGUACAAAAAGCCACUCCCACCACCGGUUCCAGUGUACACAAAACCGCUUCCACCGCCGGUUCCUGUGUACACAAAACCGCUCCCACCACCGGUCCCAGUGUACACAAAACCACUCCCACCUCCAAUCCCAUUUUACAAACCAAAGCCACACCCAUGGUUCAAGCCAAAGCCACACCCAUUUUACAAACCAAAACCACUCCCACCUCCAAUCCCAUUUUACAAACCAAAGCCACACCCAUUUUACAAACCAAAACCACUCCCACCUCCAAUCCCAUUUUACAAACCAAAGCCACACCCAUGGUUCAAGCCAAAGCCACACCCCUUUUUCAAGCACCCAUUCUUGAAGCCUCUGCCUCCAUUCCCCAAGAUUCCUCAUCAUCCUUUCUUUAAGAAACCACCAUACCCACCACAAACUACUCCCAAGGUUUAAUUUGCCCUAGACUGGCCUCUAUUUAUUUAUUUAGUAUUUACAUGUAACUAGCAGGAUGAAUAUUGUUGUGUGAUGAUCAAGCCAUGUGCAUGUGUGGAAUAAUAAAUUAUAAGCCUUCAAACCAUAGAGAGAUAGAGAUCGAGGAGCAGUACUAUUGUUAUAGAGAAAGUGAGAUCGGGAUAACUGAGAGUGAGUACGUACUGCAACUGAAAUAAAGUGUUUCUUGAUUCUAUUUAUUGAUGAGUUUGGCUUGUGUUGA